AUGCGGAUAUUUUUAAUAGUUAUUACAGUAUUCAUCACUGCUUGUAGAGCUGUUAGCAUAUUUUGUUUGAUUCACACUGCAACACCUAGCCAUGAUACUAGAGCACAAACUAUCCUAGAAACAUGGGCCAAGCGCUGUGAUGACUUCAUUUUCUUUACCGACUCUCCUAUGUCGCCGGAUAUCCCACAUAUUUAUUGGAAAGAAUUGCAUAGUAGGGAUCACUCUUGGGAAAAGAUCCGACGGAUUUUCAAUCACGUCGUAGAAGAUAUGGAAGAUGAGUACGAUUGGUACCUAAGAGCAGAUGAUGAUGCUUAUGUUAUUAUUGAGAAUCUUCGACAUUUCUUGUCUAAUUAUUCCAGCAAAGAAGCGCAUUAUUUUGGCUACCGAUGGAAUUUCUUUGUGUCUCAUGGUUAUGCUGAUGGUGGAGUUUACGUACUUUCACGAACAGCUGUUGAAAUUUUCAACCGGGUUAUGGAAAAUCCGAAACUGUGUCCAGAAUUGCAUCGAGCAGAAGAAGAUCAAGAGGUGGGGGCUUACGAAUUUUAG